AUGCCGCGUAACUACGCCUCCCUCGCAGACCAAAGCGUGUUCCCCUCCAUUUCAGAUCUCCCUGGAGACUAUACCUGUCCUGAUACUGGCGGCGGCGUUUUCGGAUGUCUACUCGUGGAGAUCGUCAGUAUCGAACGGAUCACGCGACUUGUGCUGAGAACGUUCGAUAGGGCCGACUCGCCUGUCACUGUGGCCUUUUACACGGGUGAUCGAGGCAGAUCCAUCGAGAAUGAUCCAAGAUUGAAGCCCGGAAAUACUAUGGCUAUCUUGUUUCCUAGACGCCAUCUCUUUCUCGAUGGUACUGUGGGUGUUCGGCAGGAGCACUAUGGGUAUUUCAAGUUCUUCCCUGGCAAUAUGAAAGUGCUCUUCCAGCUGAGCAACGAGAUGAGAUGUUGGCCGGCGAGGUUUGCCACACACAAGAAGUGUCAUGGCUGUGGGAAGAAGGAUAAGCCUCUUUUGAGAUGUGCGAAGUGUGGUGUGGUUAUGUAUUGUGAUAAGGAUUGCCAGAAAGCCGGAUGGGAAGAGAAAGAACAUAAGAAGAUGUGCAAAAUCAUUGCAGAUAGAGACUUUCGUACUCUGGUGACAAUCACGGGCCGUACAGAUCCUGUUGCCGAGAUUUCUUUCCAAAUGCUAAGGGACGCAUAUGAGAGAGGGCUUCGAGCUUUGUGAUACUACUACACAUCUAUGUGGCCAUGAGAUGAGGUAUCCCUCGAUAUUGUUUAUGGUAGUCGCCCAUGUGGAUGAUGUAUGUCAGAUAGGUAGAAUAACGGCACGCAGCUAUGAU